GAAACGGUCAGCCUGCGGGCUUACCAACGAGAGAUGCUGGAGGCCAGCCUCUGCGGAAACAGGAUCAUUAUGCCUACAGGCAGCGGCAAGACCUUGGUCGCGAUUGCACGCAUACGCCAUGAGCUCGAGACCUCCACCCCUACCAAGCUGAUAUGGUUUCUUGCCAACAGUGUAGAGCUUUGCCGGCAGCACCUGGAGACUUUGAAGCUGCACCUCUCUGCCUACCCUAUUCUCUCCUUGACCGGCGAAGCUGGCGUCGAUGCAUGGUCCGAGCAGCGCUUGUGGGAUGCUGUCCUUUCCGACGUACGCGUGGUGAUUGGCACACCCGCAGUGCUCAAGGAUGCGUUGAGCCACGCAUUUGUGCGUAUGUCACGUCUUGCGUUGCUGGUCUUUGAUGAGGCGCACCAUUGCAUCAAGAAUCACCCCAUGAAUGCUAUCAUGCAACACUUCUACCAUCCAGGCAACUCACACAAAGAAGUCCCUCAUAUUCUGGGCCUUACUGCGAGUCCGGCGAUCAACGCUCAGUACGGCAGUCUCACACAGCUCGAAGCGAACCUCGAUGCAUUUGUGGCUACGCCCAAGCGGUCUAUAGAGGACCUGAUGCGGUUCGUCUACCCCCCUCACAUAACAAUCGUGCAGUAUCCGCCCACGAGCAUUUUGGACUAUCCUGCAUCGAGUGAGCUUUGUGCUGCAGUCAAAAGAGCGGUCGAUGAGUAUGACUUCUUGACCGACCCGUAUGUUGCUGAGCUUGGACAGUAUCACGACGAAAGAUCACGACGCAAGCUACAAAAGACUGUAGAAAAGCGGACGACAUCCUGCUAUGACGAGAUCAGCAAACUCAAUCGUUGUGCAGAGGCCGUGUACGAUCAGCUUGGCGUGCCCUCUGCGGAGCAUUUUGUGAAUACCUGCAUUGAGCGAUAUAUCACGGCGGCGGUAUCGUACGGCACCACUAUGCUCCCGGACAUUACCUCUCUCGAACGUCAACAUCUUGUGGACUUAUUCCGUGCGUUCCCAGCCCGCUUUCCCGGCCGGUUGCUGGUGUCGCCGAAGGCAGAUCGCCUCCUGUCUCUCCUCGCAGCCUAUGCAUCACCUGAAGUAAGGGCCAUUGUUUUCGUGAAAGAGAGAGCGGUCGUGACAGCUCUUGUGCACCUUCUCCGUAACGCUGAACAGCUGAGAGGACAUUAUAGCAUCGGCAGCUUCGUCGGCACCUCCACGUUCGAGGGAAGGUCCAGUCUGGCGGAUCUGGCAGACCCUCGGCAGCAGCAAAAUGACCUGCUGGGCUUUCGGAGGGGCGAUAAGAACUUGAUUGUGGCGACUAGCGUGCUCGAGGAGGGUAUCGAUGUUUCCGCGUGCAAUUUAGUGAUCAAUUUCGAUCAACCGGACACGUUUAUCGCCUUCUUACAGCGGCGAGGGCGUGCUCGGCAAGAAAACUCCAGGUAUUUCCUGCUCGUCUCCGAAGACGACACGCGCGCAAGUGCGUCCAAAUGGCAAGCAGAAGAGGCGAAGAUGAAAAGAGAGUACGAGAGCGCCCGUGCCGAGCGCGCUGCAGCUGAGGCUGAAGACGUACAAGCACUCAAUGCUAGAUCGUACCGCGUGGAGUCGACUGGCGCACUACUGACAAUCAACGACGCGAAAGCUCAUUUAUAUCACUUUUGCAAUACCAGCGUGCAAGCCAACAAUUAUGUUGAUACCGAGCCGGACUUUUACGCAGUCCGUGGCAAAGACAAUGCGUGGACGGCAUCAGUCACGCUGCCGUCCUAUGUUCAUCCAGACGUGCGUAGCGCUGCCAGUCGGGAUCGCUGGAGCAGUGAAGCAGGUGCUAUUAAGGAUGCCGCUUUUGAAGCAUAUGUCGCCCUGCACAAAGCCGGCCUACUAACUGACAAUCUCUUACCUCUGACCGAAGUACACGAAUGCGAGGCUUUCCAAGGACGUUCAGACCAGCCAAGCGUUGUGCUUGCAGCUCCACGAGAGUCAUCGUGGCUGAGAUGCGCGAGGGCUAUGCGCGGCACAGAUGUACAGUGGCACUCGGCUCCCCUGACCAUGACAUCGGCUACCGAGGACGAGUCGUUUGACGUGACCUUGUUCAUGCCCAUGCCUCUAGAAGACUCUACAGUACUCGAACUGUACUGGAAUGAGACGACCACAUAUUUGAUCAACAUCUCUGAAUCACAGCCAGUUGACGUCAGGGACCAGCAUCUGCCGCCUCUGCAGGCGCGAACUAAGGCGCUGCUAAAAACUGUACAUUCGUCAAGAAUGCCCGUCAACAACAUGUCCGACUUUAUCAUGUGCUUUGAGCCGGCUGAACCGCUGGACACCGGCUCAACAUCUGCAGCAGAAUGGUUCAGCGCAGUCCGCGAAGCGAAUGAUGACGGCUUGUUGAUCCGCGUAAACUCGCUGGGAAGCAGACUGUACAUAUUCAGCAGGUUGGCGACGUGCACUGAUGCCGUCACCGGAGAAGUGAGGUCCAGGAUCCUUGCGAUACGGUUCCCAAAACGCAGAGACUUCCUUCACCCUGUACAAGCCCGACAACAUUCUAACCAAGCGUACACCAAGGAGGAGAGCUUUGCGCUGGAAGAUUGUACGGUCGAGAAGACGCCCUUACGUUCCGCUCGAUUUGCCGCAUUUAUUCCUUCCAUCAUGCAUCAGGUUGACGUUCGACUGACUGUGCAGGAAAUGCAACACAGCAGCGUUCUUCAAGACCUGCAGCUCAAGAAUGGGGAUCUGAUUCAGGAAGCCAUAAGUGCGCCGUCCGCGGCUGAGAAGUCGGACUACAACCGGCUCGAGUACUUGGGAGACGCUUUGCUCAAGUUCUGGGUCUCAAUCAACGUGAUGGUGCUCCAUCCGACAUGGCCGGAGAAGUACCUCACGAUGGAGAAGUCCCGAAGGGUGAGCAACAACACUCUUGCUCAGGCUGCUCAUAAUCUUCAACUGAAUCGUUGGAUUCUAACGAAGUCUUUCACCGGAACAAAGUGGCGGCCUAUCUAUGCAAGCGAAGUACUUAGGACUGAUUUUAGCCAACCCAAACAGAUAUCUAGUAAGACCCUUGCCGACGUCGUGGAAGCCUUAAUUGGGGCCGCUUACCUGGAUGGUGGCUAUCAAAAUGCGUACACCUGCAUAAGGUCUUUGCUUAAGCAAUGUUGGUCCGAACAUUACUUGAUAUGCUCGUCACUCCGAGGUCACAUGGAGCAGACCGCGGCAGAUCAAGUAUCUUCUGACUUGGGACGGUUCAUAGGCCAUCAUUUCAGGUUCCCUUACCUGCUCAUCGAAGCACUCACACAUGCGUCGCUUCCAUUCCAGCGAAGAAUGAUGUCAUAUGAGCGUUUAGAGUUCUUGGGGGAUGCUGUACUGGAUGCCAUCAUCGUGCCGUACUUGUGUGGGAAUGCGAGGAAGCUGAAAGCCUCUGAAAUGCACGACAUUCAUGAGGCGCUGGUCAACGAGCACUUCCUCGGCUACUGCUGUCUCAACGCCAAGAUCGAACAGGAGUACAGGACCGUUGAGAAGACAGGAGAUGGUCAUGAUGUCUCGACCGCUACCCGAACGCUCAAACUGGCGGACUUCAUUCGCGCCGGCGGACAACUGCUCAAAGCUAAGCAAGUGGCGAUGGCGAAUUUCGACCGCUACCAAGACGCCGUAGCGACCGCUCUGGCAGACGGUGAAGAGUACCCGUGGCCAGACCUGAUCGCGAUGAAUCUACCGAAAGCCUUCUCCGACGUAGUAGAAUCGGUGCUUGGAGCGCUGUAUAUCGACACAGAUGGAGACAUGAGCGUCUGUGAGCAGUUUGUGGCAAAGCUUGGCAUUUAUAAGCAUAUGGACAUCAUGUUGAGAAGCAAUAUGAAGGUUGUGCCCCCUAAGGGUAGGGUUGGGAUCAUGGCGGGUGGUGAGCGAGUAGAGUAC